AUGGAUUGGCAAAAGUCAUUGACAUUAAUCGUUGCAUUGACAUUAUCUCGUGGGAUUGGCUUGAAAAAUGAUCUUCCAUGGAAAUUGAAGUCUGAUAUGAUGUUUUUUAGUCGAGUUACAUCUGGUUUGCUAGUUACUCGUUCUACUGGUCAGAUGAAUGUUGUUUUGAUGGGUCGUAAGACAUGGGAAAGUCUUCCUGCUCAUUCUAGGCCUCUUAAGAAUCGAAUUAAUGUUGUUAUUAGUCGUCAAGAGGUUCUUGAUUUAGGAGGUGGAGCGUACCAUGCAAGAUCUUUAGAUGAUGCACUGGCACUAUUGUCACAGAUUUAUGACUCAACAAGCAAGAUUCAAUUGAAUCGAGUCUUUGUUAUAGGUGGUGGAGAGUUGUAUAAGGCAGCAAUGGAACAUUCAAGGUUAAAUCGUAUUAUAGCUACUGUAAUUCACAAUGAAGUUGACUGUGAUGUAUUUUUCCCUAUUGAUUUUCGGAGUUCUCAGUCAUGUUUGCCUUGGAGAAAGCAAGAUCAUUCGGUUUUGGAGGCUUGGGUUGGAAGUAAAGUUCCUCAGGGUAAAAUAAAUGAAAAUGGUUUUAUUUACGAGUUUGAGAUGUGGAUAAGAGAUAUAUAA